AUGACUGAUUCAGCGCCCGCAUCCAUCCCCGCAACCUCCGCGAAACCCAAAGUGAAGAACAUCCCCAACCCGCGGCGCCUCCUAAUCCUCACACCAACCUCUCAAUCCCUUACAAUAAUCCCCCCACUCUUACACUCCCUAACUGGCGUCCCCGUCGUCGACCCACCACAACAACCAGCCCCUUCACCAACCGCAACCCCAUCACAACCAACCUCAAGCUCAACAUCCCCACCACCAACAAGCACAUUUGCCGGCUAUACAACCCACAGCCCUCUCCGCCUGGAAACAAAAUACUACACAACCGAAGUUCCCGUCUGGGUCGACGAGAUCCCACUCGCGGUCCACGACCCAGCCACACAAACCACUCCCACACCAGCACCAACAGCCGAGCAAUGGAAGACGGAAUUCCUAAGCACAGAAGCCGAGAUCGUGCGCGAGGCUGUUGGGGCUCUGGUUGUUUGCGCGCAUACUCCUAGCGAUGCGACACCUCCACCAGGAUCCAAUGCGAACGCAGACCCCGCCGAGCGGCCCGACGUGCGCGCACUGUGUGACUUAAUGCGCGGUAUCGGCGCUGUAAAGGAGCGCAUUGACGAGGAGCGUGGCGGUCUCGGUGAUGUUCCUGGUGUGUUUGUGUUGAUUGGGAGUCGGAAAGGUGCUGCAGGUAUAGGAGCGGGUCAACAGGGAUCCAAGAAUCCCGAUGCGGAGCUGGGGCUUGGUGUUGAUGAUGAGGAUCUAGGUGGUGGAGAUGCAGCGCCGUUUUCGGUUGGUUGGUGGGAGGAUCAGUUUUUUGAUAUGGGGUUGUUGGGGUGGGAGGUUGUUGAGUGGGAUCCUAAGGAGGUUUUGGAGGUUGAGACAAGGAAUCAGUAUGGGGAGCGUGAGGGUAUGCCUCGGAUCAAAGAAGUCCUUGAGACUCAUGACUGGUCUAUGGUUGGAGGUGACUCUGGCUUUGACGGAGAUAAUGAUCCUGAAAUUGACUCCGAUGAUGAACUUCAAGACCAACUAUUAGGUCUGGGUGGCUCUCGUGGGUUUGGUGAUGAGGUCCAUGAAUUAGAGCGUGAAAUGUUCGGCUUGCGUAUGGCAAUUGAGCGUGGAGGUGGUGAUGGUGAUGAGACAGAUGACUCUGAUCAUGAUAAUGGCGAUGAUGAGAUCGAUGUCGAGAGUAUGGAGGCAUUGAUGAUGCGCAUGCAGGCAAUCAAAGAUAUGAGCUCCGAGCUGCCGGAGGGCGAACGGAAACGAUUUGCUGCGAAGGCCGUGCAGGAUAUUAUGCGCGAGCUCUGA